AUUGUCUCCAGAAAUCGGAGUUCCGUACAGGCAGCCUUUGUCUCCGCACAACGGCUCUACGGUUUUCAGGCGAUCUCGCGAAAUUCCUCGAAAAAUCCUAGUUGCUAUGAGGUUGAUGAUUGUACCUCCAAAUGCAACCGCUGGUGCUAUACAUGCAUGUUGCAAGGCUUUUAAUGAGAGUCAUUUAACAAGUGCAAUAUCUUUUGAAGUUCGGAGUGGAUGCCGUAAUAUGUACUAUAGGACUAUGAGGUUUAGUAACUUUCUCCAUUCAAAUCUUUCAAAAUGGUGUAGUCAGAACUUGUUAGAAGAAUUGAGUGGCUACAGCAAAGCAAACAUUUCGGAGAGGUCAAAGUUUUUGAACAAGGUUUCAGUUUUAAUGGGUUAUAACAGCGUUCAAGAUUUAGUUGAGCAAGAAAAAUUCAGAAAAGACUCAAAGGUAGAAGUAGAAGACAUGGGGGAGGAUUUUGAUUUCACAUUAGCACGUAGCAGAUUUCCAUGCAUCAAUUUGGGCGAUUCAUCGGUUAUUGAACUAUAUGAUGAGGUAUACUCAUCAGGCAGGAACGAGUUAAAUUCCAUGUUACUGGUAAGCUACAAUAGCUACUUCCCAUACUCUGUCAGUGGAAAUUGGUCUCAAGCUAAUGGAAUUGGCGAUGCUUUUCAGUUUAUAGGUGGCCCCAUCUCUAAUAUAAGUUCUCCAGAUUCUGACGAUAACAGUUCCUAUAAGUUGCUAUAUGAUUCUCCAACAGAAAGUUUAGAUAGCGAAACAAAAUCAGAUGCCGAAGUCAAUUAUAAGAAGUCUUCUGCAGCUGAAUGCAUUAAGUUCGCAGGAAGUAGCCUGUCAACAGACCCUCUUUUAGACAAUUUAGACAAUACUGUCCGAUGUCUGCCAAAUGCAACCAGCAGGCAAUGUCGCCAACUUGAAGAUAGUGGUUUCCACACGGUGAGAAAACUGCUACACCAUUUUCCUCGGUCUUAUGCUGACCUGCAAAAUGCUCAAGGUGCAAUUGAAGAUGGGCACUACCUGAUCUUUGUUGGCACUGUUCUUUCUUCCAGGGGAAUUCGGGCUGGCCCUUCCUUCUCAUUCCUAGAGGUUGUUGUUGGUUGUGAGGUACCAGAUAAGGAACUGGUUUCUGAAAUUAAUGGUGAGGAAUAUGCUGGUGGUGGGAGAAAGAAAAUUUAUUUGCAUCUGAAGAAAUUCUUCCGUGGUACUCGAUUUACGUAUCAACCUUUUUUGAGUAGUCUCCAAUCAAAGUACAAAGAGGGAGAUCGUGUAUAUGUUAGUGGUAAGGUCAAGGAAGUACGUCCAAAGAAUCAUUUUGAAAUGAGAGAAUACAGUAUUGACAGGCUUGAAGAGGCAGAAGAAGAUCAUGCCCAUAUAGAAGAACGGCCAUAUCCUAUUUACCCUUCUAAAGCAGGUCUUAAACCGAGUUUUCUCAGAGACAUUAUAUCAAGGGCCUUGAAGAUACUUCCUACAAAUAUUGAUCCGAUACCUACUGAGAUUGUUAAAGAGUUCAACUUACUUGACCUUUAUGAUGCGUACAUUGGAAUCCAUCAUCCUAAGAAUUUAACUGAGGCUGAUUUAGCUCGUAGAAGACUCAUUUUUGACGAGUUCUUUUACCUGCAGUUGGGCAGACUAUUCCAGAUGCUUGAAGCUCUGGGUACAGGGAUAGAAAAAGAGCAGUUGUUGGACAAAUACAAAAACCACGAGUUAUAUGCUGUUCCUGUUGAAGAAUGGUCUACUCUGACCAAAUUUUUUUUUAAUGCCCUUCCGUAUUCACUUACUCCUAGCCAACAGAAUGCAGUUUCAGAAAUUAUUUAUGAUCUCAAGAGGCCAGUCCCUAUGAAUAGACUUUUGCAGGGUGAUGUUGGUUGUGGAAAAACCGUGGUUGCUUUUCUGGCUUGUAUGGAGGUUGUCAGCUCAGGUUUUCAGGCUGCUUUUAUGGUACCAACUGAGCUACUAGCAAUCCAGCACUAUGACCAUAUACUUUCUUUAUUGGAGAAUUUUGAGGAUGAUAACUACAAACCUUCUGUUGCCUUACUAACAGGUUCCACCCCUACAAAGCAGUCAAGACUAAUUCUCAAGGGUCUUCAGACAGGGGAUAUUGCAAUGGUCAUUGGAACCCACAGUCUUAUAGCUGAUAAGGUUGAAUUUUCAGCAUUGCGUAUUGCAGUUGUAGAUGAGCAGCAUCGCUUUGGUGUGAUCCAGAGAGGAAGAUUUAACAGCAAGCUAUAUUCUACUUCAACUAGCUUGAAGUCAAGCUUGGCUGUAUUGGAAGAGUCAUUUAAAGAUAAAGGUUAUAUGGCUCCUCAUAUCCUUGCUAUGUCAGCAACUCCUAUUCCCAGAACUCUAGCUUUGGCUCUAUAUGGAGACAUGUCUUUAACACAGAUAACUGAUCUGCCUCCAGGAAGAAAACCAAUUGAAACCUUCGUCCUGGAAGGAAAUGAGACUGGUUUUGAGAAUGUCUUCCAGAUGAUGAGAGAUGAACUGAUAAGUGGGGGGAAAGUUUAUCUUGUCUAUCCAGUUAUUGAAGAAUCUGAACAGUUGCCCCAGCUUCGAGCUGCUGCUGCUGAAUUCGAAUCCGUAUCAGAAAAAUUCAAAGAUUACCAGUGUGGCUUAUUACAUGGCCGCAUGAAAAGUGAUGAAAAAGACAAAGCCCUAAAGAAAUUCAAAUCUGGUGAGACCCAAAUCUUACUUGCGACUCAAGUGAUAGAGAUCGGUGUUGAUGUUCCCGAUGCAUCCAUGAUGAUUGUCAUGAACGCCGAAAGGUUUGGAAUUGCUCAGUUGCAUCAACUGAGAGGACGAGUUGGGCGAGGAUCAAGAAAGUCCAAGUGUGUUUUCUUGUCUUCAACCUCUGGAACUCUUGAUCGGUUGAAGGCUCUUGAGAAAUCAUCAGACGGGUUUUAUUUGGCGAACGCUGAUCUUCUCCUUCGCGGACCUGGUAAUUUGCUCGGCAAGAAACAGUCCGGGCAUCUUCCGGAGUUUCCUAUUGCUAGGUUGGAGAUUGAUGGAAAUAUUUUGCAAGAAGCUCAUCUUGCUGCACUGAAAGUGUUGGCGACUUCGAACGAUUUGGAGAGAUAUCCAAGGCUGAAAGCUGAGCUCAGUAUGAGGCAACCUCUCUGCCUUCUGGGAGAUUAAUCUUAUGUUUGUAUGAGGCAUACAUUCUCUUUAUCUUUGUCAAAAGUAAACCGCAUCGUUUUGGUAAGUUGAUUUCUAUAUAUGCUCUGUGUUGUGUAUUGAAAUUUAAUGUAAAAUUUGUGUUUUAACGGUUGUAGAUUAAGAAGGAUCAUGCAUGUUCUGUAGUAAGAAUAUUUUGAUCUUGAUGUAACUUUAACUUUGUAAACAAGCUGAUGCACUGUAAUUUGAGAAAACUUUGUUUUAUUUUGACCA